UAUAUUGUAUUGUGUUUUCUAUUGAUUUUUGUUGUCUUCUAUUACCAGGUGAAGGACUGUACAGCUGUUGAGACCUCCACCUUGCGGACUGAUCUGAUCAUCAGGCUGCAGCAGCUGUCAUGGAUCUGAAGGAGCGCAGGCACCGUACACUGACCCACGGCCGCUGUGGGACAGAUUUCCAGUUCACCACCUCCUCCUUGGACAACGAUGAAUGUCGCGUACCCACCCAGAAAUCCUACAGCUCCAGCGAGACCCUGAAGGCUUUCGAUCACGAGUCACGUCUGCAUUAUGGGGGAUGUGUGGCUGACCUGGUGCAUCAUGAAGCAGAUGAGUUCACCAGACAAGGAGGGAACUUUACUUUAGCUGAGCUGGGCAUUUGUGAACCAGCACCGCAUCAGAACGCAUACUGCCCGGACAUCGGCCUCUUACAGCGCGGCUACUCUCUGAGCGCCGGCUCAGAUGCAGACUCCGACCCA